AUGAUAAUYAUUAYAAUAACAACAAAAUCUUUUGGAAAAGAAGAAGAUGGUGAAGAAGGAAAGGGAGGAGGAAGUGGUGGUGGAGGAGGAGGAGGAGGAGGAGGUGGUGGUCAAGAAGGAAGUAGUGGUGCAAAUAAAGAGGGAAGAGAGGGUUCACCGCAAGGAUAUCAAAAUAGAAUGGGAUCAGCUGGUCCUCAAGGAAUGGGCAACAAUAUGGCAGGUAUGGGAACAAUGGGUGCUAAUAGAGGAAUGUCAGGAGCCAUGGGUUCAAUGAGGGGUAACCAAGGAAUGGGUAAUUUUAAUGCUAAUAGAGGUAUGAAUCAAGGAAUGGGUUCAAUGGAUAGAUCUAUGACAGGAGGAAUGGGCGGUGGAAGAAGACAACCCUAUUCUAAUAAUAUGAAUCCAAGAAACAGUAUGACUUCUGGUAUGAAUAGACAAGGAUUUGGUCAAAAAAAUCAGUAUCAAAGCGGAGGUUAUAAUGGUUAUAAUGGUUAUAAUGGUUAA